AUGCGUCUAAGACCCCGUUUCAUCUGGCCGCGCUCCUCCGUGGCCCGCGGAGCCAGCGUCGAAAGCGGAAGCGUAGAGGGCGCCGGGAGGCCGCAAAGAAAGGAGCACCUGUCUCGCUUGGAAGCCGUCACCAAGGAGAUCAAAACAACAGGGACCUACCAGCUGACUGUGGAGGAGCUUAACUUUGCAACCAGGCAAGCGUGGAGGAACGCCCCCAGGUGCAUUGGGAGAAUCCAGUGGUCCAAUUUGCAGGUGUUUGAUGCUCGUAGCUGUGCCACAGCCAAGGAAAUGUUUGAGCACCUCUGUCAACACUUGAAGUACUCGACCAAUGGUGGGAAUAUACGGUCCACCAUCACUGUCUUUCCCCAGAGGACGGAUGGGAAACACGACUUCCGUAUAUGGAACGUCCAGCUCAUCCAAUAUGCUGGCUACCAAACCGCAGAGGGGUCUAUUGUGGGAGACCCAGCAAAUGUGGAGUUCACACAA